AUGCAGUCAAUGGAUCGCGCAUCCGAGAAGAUUGCCUAUGGUGCGGGUGUUGCCGUUGGAACUGUAGGAGUAGCUGCUGGUGUAGUAUGCGGCACUAAAAUGGCCUUUGACUGGGUGAUUGACCGCUACGAUGAAUUCGAGACCAGGAGUAUUGAAAGGAUUAUGCGGAAAAUAGAUGCAAACAGGAAGUAUAGAAACAAAGGGGUUUCAGUCUCAUCAAGGGGCAUGCUCACAGAAUCUAAAUCAGAUGUAAUCAUUUUCCAUUGUUGCAUUCACAAUUCAUCCCUUUUAAUGCAAAAGCAGAGUAAUGAUUGUGCUAUUGAUACUUGUCAGGGGAAAGAUCGAUUCAAGAGGAAUUCUUUAAGAAUCAAUGCAAUUGCCACGAAAUGGGAACCGACUAAGGUUGUUCCACAAGCUGAUAGAGUUCUUAUCCGUCUCGAGGACCUGCCUGAGAAAUCGUCAGGUGGUGUUUUGUUGCCAAAAUCUGCUGUUAAAUUUGAGCGGUACCUAAUGGGGGAGGUUUUAUCUGUUGGUGCUGAGGUUGGUGCUGAGGUUGGGGAAGUGGAGGCUGGAAAGAAGGUUCUUUUCUCAGACAUCAAUGCAUAUGAGGUAAAUAGCGUUACCAUUGGAGAAACUUGCAUUUCACCUAUUGAGUUUGGAACAGAUGCUAAGCAUUGCUUUUGCAAAGCUGGUGAUUUGUUGGCCAUCGUGGAGUGA